AUGGCAACCAUCCUCCUCAUCCUCGACGUCCAAAACGGGGUAAUCGACAGGCUCAACAACACAGAGCCCUACCUUGAACGCCUGGCCUCAACCAUCUCUUCUGCACGCAAAGCUAACGUGAAAAUUAUCCACGUUGUCACCGCCUUCCGCCACGGCUACCCAGAAAACCACCCAAACAACUCAUCUGUACCCGCUGUCGUCGCACGCGGUGAAUAUCUCGAAGGCCACUCGUCCGUGCAAGUCCACCCCACCAUCGCACCUGCAUCUGGAGAGGUGGUCCUCACCAAGCGUCGUGUCUCCGCCUUCUUUGCUACUGAACUCGAUCUGCUUUUGCGGUGCGCAAAUGCCGAGUCUAUCGUUGUCGCGGGCCUCAUCACCAGUGGAGCUGUAUUGUCGACUAUUCGCCAGGCAAUGGAUAUGGACUACCGUCUCACGGUCUUGGAGGACUGCUGCAUGGAUCGGGAUGAAGAGCUGCACCGCGUGUUGAUGGAGAAGGUCUUUGCUCGCAAGACGGCUGUUAUUUCGGCGCAGAAGUGGACCGAGAAGCUUUCCAUUGAGAAGGAGCAGUAG